CUAUCAGUCGCUCAAGCCUUCAGUGCAUCUUUGUGAGCAGCUGAGCGACAGCUCUCAUCUGCAACCCCCUCCAGCUCACCACCACCACCCGAGCUCCCAACUGGCUGCUUGCGUGUGUUUCGGGCCGUGUCUGUUUCUCUUGUCUAGCAAGGGGCACCUUCGCUUUUGAAUCUUGAUUCUGCUAGUAUUCUACUCUGCCCUUAUCUAUCACUCGUUCUUCUGGCCUCGUCGCUCGCUUACCUCCCUAUCCCGAAACUUAAUCGCAAACGAGUUGUGACCUUUUUUGUCACUCGCGAGUCGACACUGCUUUUCCAGGUCCUGAAUCCAGUGACACCUGGCCCUGUUGCAACGCGCCAGUUGAACAUAUCUGCGGCUUGUCGCAGUCGCCUGGCUCUGUGUCCACUCUGCGCUUGCAAAGAGGAGGCUAGCUCUGAUGGACAACGACAGUUCUUACUUUGGUCGCGGCCCAGGCCUGCAGUCAGGCAUGUCAACUGCUGCCGCGACUCCGCAAAGACCUGGGUCACCAAACGAAUCCGUUGGACGCAAUCCUUUCGGUGACGGUGUUGAGUCGCAGGCGUCACACAGGUCGGGGAACAAUGGCAAUCCCUUCCAAAGUCCGUCUGGCUCGCGCCCUGCGAGCAGCUUUGACGCCUCGUCGGCACUGGGAAACCGGUAUGAUGGGGGCCAGCGGUACUUCCACUCGCGGCGUGUUCGCAAGGGCGAGGUAGAAAAGCCGUGGACCAAGAAUGCAGACCCGAAAGAGAAAUGGGUCACCAUCCUCCCCAUAUUGGGCAUCGUUAUUGGCCUGGGCAUCUCGGGCUUCCUGGUCUGGGACGGCCUCCGCAGUGUCGUUAAGCACAACUACUGCCUGGAGCUGGAAGAGAACUGGUCGAACGGCAUUAACCCGUCAAUAUGGCAAAAGGAAGUCCAGGUGAACGGGUUUGGUAAUGGCGAAUUCGAGAUGACCACACCAGGGGACGGAAACGUCUUCGUUCAGGACGGAAAGCUCAUCAUCAAGGCGACGCUCCAAGAUGACAGCCUCAUGCAGAAGGACAAUACUAUCGACCUUCUCAAGGAGGGCACUUGCACCUCGAAUCUGCCCGAAUACUGCAUUGCCGCCACCAACACCACGGCCGGUAACUCCAGCAUAGUCCCGCCUGUCUUGUCCGGGCGCAUCAACAGCAGGAAAGGCGCGGCCAUCAAGUACGGGCGUGUCGAGGUGACGGCCAAACUCCCUGCCGGGGACUGGCUGUGGCCCGCCAUCUGGAUGAUGCCUGUCGACUCGGCGUACGGCCCGUGGCCGCAGUCGGGCGAGAUCGACAUUGUCGAGGCGCGCGGCAACAACUACACGUACCCGCAGGGGGGCAACAACAUCAUCUCGUCGGCGCUGCACUGGGGCCCGAACCCGGCCAACGACGCGUGGUGGCGAACCAACGUGAAGCGGCCCGCGCUGCACACGACCUAUUCGGCCGGGUUCAACACGUUUGGGCUGGAGUGGUCGCAAAAGUACCUUUUCACCUAUGUCAACUCGCGCCUGCUGCAGGUCAUGUACGUCAACUUUGACACGCCCAUGUGGACGCGCGGGAAUUUCCCCGUGGCGGACAGUAACGGCACGCGCAUUGAUGAUAUCUGGGGCAAGACGGGCCGCUACAACACGCCCUUUGACCAGAAGUUUUACCUCAUUCUGAACCUUGCCGUCGGCGGCACUAAUGGUUGGUUCGAGGACAACACCAACGGCAAGCCCUGGCUCAACGGUUCCCCCAACGCCCGCAAAGACUUCUGGCUUGCGAAGGACAGCUGGUUUCCCACCUGGACGUCACCGCAGAUGGAGGUCAGCAAGGUCAUGAUGUGGAGGCAGUGCGACGGUGACGAGGAUCUCUGAGCGUGGCGGCGUGCAUUUGGUCUUGUUCUGAAAGAAUGGUGUUUAUGAGGUAUAUAUUAUCGGGUUGGCUUAAUGUCUAAAUUGUGGUUUCUUUUUGUUUGUCGUUGCUUGGGAUGGAGAUGGAGGUGGUUUAGGUUAUAGAACGCCAUACUGGCUGGCUUUGGAUAUCAUUGCCCUUGGAUGACAGUCCGUUUUCCAAUCUCUUACUAGCGAGCGUUGCUUUGUUGGAUCGAAUUGAACAUGACUUCGCUCAUAGCAUCUCGGACGCCGUACCCUUGAGCCUUGCCUUGGAACAUCCGUAUCAUCAAAUCUCCGUCCUGCCCAACCGAUUCCCGUCC